AUGGGAGGUGUUUGUUCUUGUGUUUUCAAAGAUGAUGAUAAGAAGUUGAGAUCUACCGAUGAUGAUAAGUCAAGAGGUUUAUCUGGGAAACUAAAGUCUAUGAAAAGAAGAAAAACCUCUGAUUCUUAUUAUUCAGACAAAUAUGGAAGCUCAAGGAGGAAAAAUUCCAAGCAUAACGAGAGUUUCUACAACUUCUCCGGUGAACUCGGGCCGGUGCCUCCAUUAAGGACAGAUUCUACCAAGAUGAUGCAGAGGAACUCGUUUCUUGGACGGGCUGGGGUUAUGGGGCUAGAGAAGGCGGUUGGAGUUCUAGACACGCUAGGGAGCAGCAUGUCCGGUAUGAACCCGGGGACCGGGUUUCACUCUGGUGUUACAUCGUCCCGUGGUAGAAAAGUCUCUAUAUUGGCCUUUGAAGUGGCUAACACAAUAGCCAAAGGUGCUGCUUUGCUGCAAUCUUUGUCUGAAGAGAAUCUCAAGCUCAUGAAGAAGGAUAUGUUGCGUUCUAAGGGAGUUAAGAAAUUGGUUUCUACAGAUACCACAGAGUUGCAAAUUCUUGCUGCUUCUGACAAAAGGGAGGAACUUGAUCUUUUCUCUGGAGAGGUGAUCAGGUUUGGCAAUAUGUGCAAAGAUUUACAGUGGCACAAUCUUGAUCGAUAUUUUCAAAAGCUUGACACAGAGAACUCGCAGCAUAAACUACUCAAAGAUGAGGCAGAAGCAACGAUGCAAGAGCUCGUCACUCUUGCCCGAUUCACUUCUGAAUUAUAUCACGAGUCACAAGCUUUGGAUAGGUUUGAACAAGAUUACAGGAGAAAACUCGCAGAAGUAGAGUCUUUAAACCUCCCUCGGAAAGGAGAGAGUAUCGUCAUCUUACAAAAUGAACUAAAACAACAGAGGAAACUCGUGAGGAGCUUACAGAAGAAAUCGCUCUGGUCCCGGAAUUUGGGAGAGAUAAUUGAGAAGCUUGUGGAUGUGGUUUGCUAUAUACGUCAAACAAUUGUCGAAGUUUUUGGUAACAACGGUCUAAAAGACAAUGGAGGGAAGCAGGGAAUAGAACGAUUAGGUGAAGCCGGUCUUUCGUUACACUAUGCUAAUCUAAUCCAACAAAUUGACAGUAUUGCGGCUCGACCUUCAUCACUUCCUUCUAAUGUAAGGGACACGCUGUACAAUGCAUUACCUGCUACUGUCAAGACAGCUCUUCGACCUCGGCUACAAACUCUUGAUCCGGAGGAAGAGCUUUCAAUAUCUGAGAUCAAAGCAGAAAUGGAGAAGUCGCUUCAAUGGCUUGUCCCAUUUGCCGCAAACACCACCAAAGCGCAUCAAGGAUUUGGAUGGGUAGGUGAAUGGGCAAAUUCGAGGAUAGAGUUUGGGAAAGGAAAAGGCGAGAGCAACGGGAAUCCAACACGACUACAGACGCUUCAUCACGCGGAUAAACCAAAAGUUGAUUCAUAUGUACUUGAACUCGUUGUAUGGCUUCACCGACUAAUGAAGUCAUCAAAGAAACAAAAUCACGGCGUUAAGCUUCAAGAAACCAACCAUGGGUCUCAAUCCAACAACAUAACCAUCUCCAAUACGCAGCUAUCGCUCUCCCCUGACUUCACCUAUAAAAACCAACUCUCUCUAGAAGACAGGUUGCUGUUGGACAGAGUCCAAAGCAUAGGAUUUGGUCCCAAUCUAAGUAAGAGUCAAGAGUUUGUCGGCAUGAAGAAGAACAAGAAAGGAAUCAAGAUUUGGGCAUUGAGCAGAAGUACAGGAAACUCUCCGAAAGUCGAUCUUUCAGGUGACAACUCUUCUAGUGAUUUGGAUGUCCUUGAUGGUUUGGAUUUCGCUUUCCGUUAG